CCGAUAUCCGCCCCGCGCCCAACUACCUGCUCAAGUACCUGCCCACCUGGGUGAAUAUCCUCGCCGUCUUACUAGUGCAACCUGCGCACCUGUUGGCACUGGCAGUCGAGCAGCGCACGUGGGACCGGGCCGGCCGUCUGUCCCGGCAUACAAGAAUGGAUGGAUUUCCUCAAGCUGCUGUCGCGGCCGUCCAGGACGACGAAGCUGCUCGUCCUCGCCCUCAGCACCGUGCUGCUGGUGUAUCUGCUCAGCGGCACUGACGUCGUCCCACCUCGACUGUCCGGGGACAAAUCGCCGGUUGUCUCGACCACCACCACCGAACUGCCCAAGGGGGAUUCUUCAUCGCCCACCAUGGCAGCGGUUGAUCUGAGCUGGCACCCGCCGGCCCAGACUCUGAUCAACAACCUCACACAUGUCGUGAGCAACAGCACCACGGGCGUGUAUGGCUUCAUCUACGACUCGUCACACACGCCAGAUGAGGCUUACGGCACCUACAACUGGUGCAACAUGCCCCAUGUCAGGGCCACCGAGUACAAGGUGCCGCCUGACGAGUAUGAGCUUGUCUAUGUCGAACUGAUCCACCGCCACCACAAGCGCACCCCAUAUGCGGCAAACUCAUUCCCAGUCGAGUCCUACACCUGGGACUGUGACGACCAAGGCCUGUACUUCUUCGCCCGGCCCUUUUCAGACCCGUCAUCGCCGGACCCCAACGCCGGCAGGAACGCCUCGGCGCUGGCCUACUGGGCCGGCUCCAGCGGCUUCAACCCCUUCGGCGCCGCCGCCCAGGGGUUCAAGGGCUCGUGCCAGUUCCCGCAGAUCACGGCGCAGGGGCUCGACGACUCGUGGCAGCACGGCGCCGACCUGUACGGGGCGUACCACGACCUCCUGGGCUUCCUCCCGUCGCGGGACGACCCGGCCUGGCGGCGGAGGGUCAAGUACAGGGUGACCAACAACGUCAUCACGAGCGAGGUCGCCGGCAUGGUCAUCAACGGCAUGUGGCGCACGGCGGGCUCGGUGCCGCUGCACAUCCAGCCCGCCGGCGUCGACUCCCUCGAGCCCUCGUACGCGUGCGCCUCGGCCGCCGCGCGGUUCGCCGCCCUCGCGUCGCCCGCCACCAACGCCGACUGGGCCGCGCACUUUGACGCCGCGGGGGGCCUGUACGCCGCGCUCGACGGCAUCUCGGGCGUCGAGCCUUCCGACUCCGGGUUCCACAAGAGUUUUGAUCAUUACUACGACAACCUGUCGGCGCGGCAGUGCCACGGGCGGCCGCUGCCGUGCAGGGUCGGCAGCGGCAACGACACGGGGCCGGGGCAGUGUGUCACGCAGGCCCUGGCGGACGAGGUGUACCGCCUCGGCCACUGGGAGUACAGCCACACGUACCGCGGCGCCGGGCCCGACGCGCUCGCCGCCAGCGCGAGCUCCCUCGGGGUGUGGGUCGCCGAGCUGGCGGCGCACCUGCGGGAUGCUGCUGCUGGCGGCGGCGGCGGCGGCGGCCCGGACGGCACGCUGUGGUUCCACAAUGUCGCGCACGACGGGUCCGUCAGCCGGCUUCUCGGUGUCCUGCAGGCGGACGUGAUGGUCUGGCCCGGCAUGGGGAGCGAGGUCGUCUUUGAGCUGUGGGCCAAGGGGGGCGAGCACUUUGUCCGUGUGCUCUUCGGCGGGGUCGUGCUGGAGUCUUCGAAUCCCAGCUUGGGGGUGCUGGAUAUGAUCCCUGUUGGGACUUUGUUGGCGUAUUUUGAUGGGCUUGUUGGUGUCAAGGCGGAUUUGGUUGUCGACAAGUGCAAGGACUCGUCAUAGAUCAGCUUAUUUACGGAAAACCAUGACAUAGAUGUUGACGAAUAUAACCAAUUCAUAUGUAAGGAACAUUGUUACGCGAAAGUUUGGUGCAUGC